GUCACUGUUAUAAAAUUAUCGGUUGCAGCUGGACAAGGCGGAGUGGAGAUCUAUCGGUCUUGUCGGCUGCAACUUCAUGUGGUGUUAUUUACCGUUUGACAUUGACUUAUUUUAGUUUUCUCGAUCAAAAUCAGCAUUACAAAAUGUCUCUGUGGAUUAAAGCUGCUUUGAUGAGUGGUUGUUCAGUGAUACGUCAGGCACCAGUGCAGAGGCUGCCUCCCAUUGCUUAUGAGCAGAAGAGAUUUGACUCUUAUUUUACAAUGGGAAAACAAAGAAUGGGAAAGAGGAAGGGAAUAAAACCCAGACCAGUUGAAGUAAAAGAACCUAUAGUUGCUGCUGCCCUGUAUGAAAAGGAAAUUGAUCGGUCCGUGUUCGAGGCCCGAGCAAAAGAUCUGCCUGAAGAGAAUAUGGAAAAUCCAUUUGUACGUCCAAAACCCCAAUGCAUUCUUUGCAAGCACAAAAUCACCCCCGAUUACAAAAACAUUAAACUAUUGUCCCAGUUCAUAUCUUCUCAAACUGGAAGGGUGUUUGGCCGUCACAUUACAGGUCUUUGUAAAGAACAGCAAGAACGUGUUGAGAAAGAAAUACGAAAGGCUCGCUGGUCUGGGCUUAUGGCAUACUAUUUUAAACAUCCAGAAUUCUUCAAAGAUCCAAAGCUGUGUGAUCCAUCAAGGCCCUUGAGACCCCAUCCGUACUAGAUAUAUUUAAAAAAUGAACAUGGUCCUGUGUAAUUGUAAAUGGAGUGGGUCAUUUGAUACCAUCUUGUUAGAAUAAAAAUUAAGUGCUUGUUA